AUGAAAAAAAACCAGACGGUGCAGGGCACUUUCAGCAAACUCUUCGGGAAGAAGCACGCUAGCCCCGACUCCACCUCUCUCUAUGCCACCAACCCGCCCUGGAUUUUCACCCAGGAGGCCCCGGAGACCACAACCCGGGACUUCGAUGGGAUCUACUAUGGGGACCACCGGUUCGACACCGUGAGUGAGUCGGGGACAGCCACGCUGAAAGCUCGGCCCCGAGUGAGGCCCCUGCUGACCUUCCUCCCUCUGAAUGCCCAGGAGAACCAUGGGCUGGCUGUGCCUACACCCUCUGUCCCAGAAGAUUUUGCAGACAAAGCAGUGACAGGCUCCAGCUCACUUGUCAAUGGCAACCUGCGACUGUACAGCUCUGUGGGGGACCUCCGGCCCGUGCACUAUGGCGAGGAUCCACUCAUCCCCCCGCCUCCCCCAGGACCAGCCCCAGGCCCCCCUGAAGAUGUCCCAUCACCUGCUGCUGAGGAGUCCCCACCACCUCCUCCACCUGCCACAGCUCCUCCCCCACCUCCCCUACUGCUGGAACCCCCACCCCCACCCAGCACAGCCCCACCUCCACCCCCAGCUCCAGGGGCCCUGUCCCCCCCAUCCACCGUAUCUUCCCCAUCUACACCCACUCCCCCUGACUUCAUCCCACCUGCCCCACCCAUGGCCUUUUCGGCCCCACCCCCACCCCCUAUGCCAGCCCCAACCCCCCCAGCACCGGCAUCUCCCCGGGUCCAGCUUUUCCCGCCUGGGAGUGUCACCAAGUGGAAAUCAGAGGUGGCUCUGAAUGGCAAGCAGCCAGAGGUCCCCAGAGCCAGCCCCCCAAGGAGCCCAGCGGAACUUAAUGGGAACCACCUGCAGCCCAACGUGGAACCCCACCUCACUUUCCCCCGCUCGUUCAAGGUGCCGCCCCCAACCCCAGUCAGGACUUCAUCCAUCCCAGUUCAGGAAGCACAAGGUGCUCCCCCCCAGGAAGAGGGGAUCACUGAGAAGGCUCCCAGCCGGCUCUCACUGCCUCCCACCUUCCACAUCCGCCCCGCAUCCCAGGUCUACCCAGACAAGGCCCCGGACCCAGACCGCUCUGGGGAGCUCAAGGCGGAAGCACCGGACAGCCUGAAGCUCUGCCAGUCCCAGUCCCAGACAAAUGAGCAAGCUGCUCCCCCUCCCCCUCCUGCUCCUCCACUCCCUCCUCCUGCUCCCCCUCUUCCUCCAGCUGCCCCACCCUUGCCUUCUGCUGAGAAGGCAGCCCCUGCACCUGCUGGCUUUACGAAAAGCCCUAAAUCCAUUUCCCCUGCUCUCAAACCCAAACCCGAACCCAAACCCCCCAGCCCAGAAGACACAGCCUCAUCAUCGCCCGUGGACUGGCGGGACCCCAGCCAGAUGGAAAAGCUGCGGAGUGAGCUGGCCGCCUACCUCUGUGGCUCCAGGAGAGAAGACCGAUCUCUGGGCCCCAGGCCGGGCUCAACUGUGACCUCCCAGAGCAGGGAGGAUAAGAGGGGCCCUGACCUUCCGGAGGCCAAGGAGUCCCCCUACAGUGUUCCUGGGACGAGUUCCCACGGUGAGGAUGCCAGCCUGGCCCUGCCCCCUGUGGACUAUGUCCCCCAGGACUCUCCAACUCCCAGUGUCCAGCAGCUUCGGAAUGAACUGGAGGCCCGGCUUUCCUCGACGGCGCAGAGGGAAGGCAAGCCCAGCCUAGGCUCCCUGCCUCCCAAACCCCGGCUAGAAGGGGGAAGAAUCUUUGAAAACGGGAUGAAUGGCAAAUUCUCCAAACCGGGGACUAAGGACCCGUCGCCUUUGCCCUCCUCCCCUCUAGCAGCCUCACCACUCCAGGCCAAGGCCACGCCUGGGCCAGCCAUACGACCCAAGGCCACACCUGGACCAGCCAUACCACCCAAAGCCUCACCUGGUUCAUCUAUAUCACCCAAGACCUCACCUGGGCCAGCUACACCAGUCAAGGCCUCACCAGUCAAGGCCACACCUGGACCAGCCAUUCCACCUAAAGCUUCACCUGCUCCAUCUACGUCACCCAAGACCUCACCUGGGCCAGGUACACCAGUCAAGAGGUCAAAAUCCGGAGAAGCUGCAGCACCCUCCCCACCAAAGCCACAAGGGUCACCCUUGGGGACCAGAGCCAUCAUCUCUCCUAUGCUCCCCGCAAAGACCUCCCCUCCCAAUCGGGAGGAAGCACCUUUUGUCUAUAAGCCCCAUCGUGGUCAGAACAACCCCAGCCAUGAGGUUGCCAUGGUGACACCCACCCUGGCACAAGGAGAGACUUCCGGGUUGGGGGGUCUCACUAAAGUGCCAAACCCCCAGAACCUACCAGCCAUCUCAGCCAAGCUGGCGGCAACAGACCAACUCCUGAGACAUCCAGUGACUGGGGAGGUGGUGGAGCAGGGCUCCCCCAUGGCCCUGCUGUUAGCUGCCCGGCAGAGGGCACAGAAGGGGAGGCCUUCAGGGACCCCGGGGCUGGGCCGGUCCUCCCUGCCAGGGAGCCUGCGCAACCACAGCAGCCACAGUCCUGCAGAGGCCAGCUCUGACAGCAUCUUUUACAGCGAGGGCCGCCCCAAUUCCUUCACUGUGGUCCCCAGGUUAGCCAAGGAGGCGGAGAAAGACUCCCGGCCAGCCUCAUCGUCAUCAUCAUUGGUGGGGCAGCCUUCAGUUCCCAAUCAGUGGACGCUUCCACCCAGAAGAGACACCCAGGACAUGGAGCCCAACCACCGGUACAAGUUGUCCAAGGCUGAGCCCCAGCCCCUUGUGGCCUGGGAAAGGCCAGCCCCCUCCAACCUGCGCCAAAGCCACCUGCUGCCCAAGUCCUUCUCAUCCCCACCUUCUCCUUCCUUGAAAUGGGAAGAAGAAGAGGAGGAGGAGUUCAACUUUGAGGUCAUCCCACCACCCCCAGAGUUCAGCAAUGACCCUGAGCCCAUGCCCCCAGCUGUGCAGUAUCAAGGCCGCCGUGGCUCUCCUCCUCAAAAGGACUUCUCAGACUUGGGGCAGCCCCUCGGUGCACCUCCCAGUGGCUUCUCACGCUUCCCCAGGGGUGCUGUACCCUAUUCCGGAGGAGGAACUGGGGGACCAGAGCGCUCCUCGGGCACCGGCCGCUCGCUCAUCAAGAAGCGCUUGUAUGUUGGGGAGACCAACCGCAGCCCCACACAGCCCCCUGGUGGCCCAGGCCGCAGCCUCAGCACCCCCAACUGCUUCGGGCCACAGUCGGGAUCUGGAGGGCCCUUCACCGGACCUGCAGGCCCGGAGAUGCGCCGUGUCAACUCAGCUGGGCGCAUGGCCCGUGGUGGCCUGCAGGCACCUAGGCCCACCCUGGAGGGUAUUUCCCAUGGUGGUGGCACAGCCGAGGCCAAGGCCAGAACUGGCAACGGAGGCAGUGGGGGCAGUGACUACAGCUUCGCUUCAGCCACGGUCAGGUCUCCCCGCAGCAGUCCCCACUAUGGAAGCCCCAUCAACACGUUCACCGUGCGACCGGGGACCCGACAUCCCAUCUCCUAUGCCUACUCAGGGACCCAUCGGAAAGCUGUGCCCUGA